UCCGUCUUCGUCACGGCGCUCCAGUCCAAUAUCCUCAUCGAAUACUUCAUCGUCGACGACUACACCGAAAUGUUCGAGAACACCCUCACCAGCCCCGGAUUAUACCCCAGGGGCGAAGUCGAAACCAGCAGCGGACUUUACCGACUAUUCUAUACUCAGCAGAGCUAUUGGUUCCCAGACAACCGGAUAAUUCUUACUUACUACGCAGUUCGCGAGACGAGACGCUCUGUGGGCACCGUCAAUACUGGGGAGUUCUUCGACGCGUGGGCCGCUCAAGACAUGCCAGUCGGCAGCCCGAUUGAGGCGUUCGUUGCCGUGAUGGGUUAUAUAAGCAGCCGGGGCAGUGCCCAGCUUAAAAUUCUAUGAGUCAUGGGUCUUCUUUUCUAAGUCUUCGGUUCGAGAAACUGAAGCAGUGAGGACUUGAGCAUGGAGACAGGGAGGACGUUUGACGGUUAGGUUUCUAAUUUAUCAAGUUACAUUACAGUACCUCUGUAACAGUGAAGUUGGAACAAGACGAGACGCGGGGAAAGGGGGGACGAAAGGGCAGGUGGG